AUGAACCAAGAUACUAUCGAGUGUCUCCACAUAAAUGGCACAUUUGCGCUACCAAACGUUCCACUCCAAAAUGCUCUCCUACAGGCAUUUGCGGAGUGUGUGCUUCCUUCCAUGCCAAUCGUUGAGUGGCAGCCCCUCAUCCAAGCCCUCCAUGGAGCGCAUGGAAGCCAUGGCUCGAUUAGCCUACUUUUAUACCAUGCCAUCAUGGUCUCCGCGGCAACUUUCGUUGAUAUACGCUAUAUUCUUGACGCUGGGUACUCAACCAGACAAGAGGCUCAAGAAUCAUUCUUCCAAAAGGCCAGGCUCCUGUAUCAAGCCAAUACCGAGACAGAUUCCUUGACCGUCAUCCAAGCAUUUCUAUUAAUGACAUACCGACUCGACACAACAGACGGAGAUGACAGCCGCAGUCUGAUCGGAAUCGCAAUUUCCACCGCACUAUCCAUCGGUCUUUUCCACGACAUCUCACAGACCAUAAACAGCCCCUAUCGACCAACCCUCUGGAGACGAAUCGCAUGGUCCUGUCACAUAAUGGACUGCCAAAUAGCCCUCCGGCUCCGACGCCGACCAAUCAUUCAACGCGCCGAUUUCUGUCACCAGAUGGUAUUAGAAACCGACUUCGACCAUCUACAAAAUCUUGCCUCCCAAAGCCCAGGAAUGCCACUUGACACAAAUCUAUCCCGAAACUUCUUCGCGCAAAGAGAGCUAGGCCUAAUCUUCAUCGCCAAUGCCCGACUAUCAGUCUGCAUCCGGAAUGUACUAGACAUCCAAUGCAAGGAGAGCCAACUCCGUUCAUCAGCCUCGCCGACAACACCCACAUCAUCCACAAGUGACGACUCGGAUUACAGCAACAGCAUCUACGUAUCCGAGCGCAUGCUAGCAGAAUGGGCCAAUACCCUUCCAAAGUCCUGCCAAACGAACCCUUCCGAACCCCAAGACAUCGACGAAGAACCAGCAAUCACCGUCCAACGCAGCCUCCUUCACAUAACAUUCUACACGACGAUCGCAGUAUUCCACCAAUCACGUCUCUUCCCGUCCUCGAAUUUCUGCGUUCAGCACGCCUCCCAGCAAAUCACGAGCGUUGCCUUCGAUCUAUACAGAAGAGGUUUACACAGUCGCUUGCCUAUUGUCGGCGUAACGGGCAUCCUAGUCGCGUUGGUGAUUCAUAUCUCUGAAAUGAAGGCGGAGCCUUCAAUACAGAAGGAUCAGGCAACGCAGAAUUUCCAGCUCGGACUUGAGAUCAUGGCGAAUCUGAGGGAUGUUUAUUCUGAGGCUAAUAGGGUUACAUCGUGGGCGCUGAAAAUCAUACAACAAAAUGGUGCUCUGUGA